UAUUUGGUAUCGUACACCUAAAUUGCUCCGUAUCUACUUUUUGUAAUUUUAUUGAUUUUAAUUUAACAUAUCCCGUGAGUUAACUAAAUUAGGGAUUGGGCAAUAAGAUUUUAAAGCUAUAACUAUGCCUGUUGCCGAGGUGCGGAGUUUAUUUCAAACAAGAAUAACUGAAAAUCCGGAUCACGGAUUUAAUCCAUCAGACUUUGACCGUACAAAAGAUGAAAAAUAUAUACGUAGAGUCCUCAAACAUUGUUCUGAAGACCCUAAACAAGCUGCCGACAUGCUGUGGGAUAUAUUAACUUGGCGUAAGACUGUUGGAGCCAGUGAUAUAAAUGAGUCUAAUAUCAAAAUGAAUUAUGUGGAAGAAGGUAUAAUAUUCCCACAUAGCAGAGAUGUUGAUGGUUCUCUCUUACUCAUAAUAAAAUCCAAAAAACAUGUCAAGGGUACAAAGGAUUUUGAAGAAAUUAAAAGAAUAAUUAUAUACUGGUUUGAUCGUAUGGAAAGGGAGGAAAAUGGAAAUAAAAUAUCAUUAUUCUUUGAUAUGGAUGGUUGUGGGCUUGGCAAUAUGGACAUGGAACUUAUACAAUAUUUAAUAUCACUUUUCAAGCAUUACUAUCCCAAUUUCUUAAACUACAUAAUUAUUUUUCAAAUGCCAUGGGUUUUAUCAGCUGCAUUAAAGAUUGUGAAGUCGCUUCUGCCUGCACAAGCAAUCGAAAAAUUAAAAAAUGUUAACAAAGACUCAUUAAAAACCUUUGUCCUGCCUGACCAGGCUUUAACUUGCUGGGGCGGUACAGACAACUAUGUUUAUCAAUUUAUACCAGAAAAUCGUGUUACCCCAGAACAUACCCCUAAAAAGGUUACAUUUGCACAGCAAAAUGAUAUAAAACCAUCAGGUGAUAUGCUUAAGAUACAGCCAAGUACUUUGAUUGUAUUUAAAAAUGAAAAUGAUGAUAUAACUGGGCAAUUUACAAUCACUAACAAUGAUCCUUCUGUUAUAUCUUUUAAGAUUCGCACAACAUCUCCAGAAAAAUUCAGAGUGCGUCCUAGUUCAGGUGUUUUAGCUGUGGGUGCAUCCCAAACAGUCAUGAUUGUCGUUCAACCAGGGUUCCAACUGAAAAACGUGUCCAAAGAUAUGUUUCUCGUUAUGUGUAUGCAAGUACCAAAAACAGAUCUAUCACAGAAAGAGUUGAGUGAAAUUUGGCAGAAUAAUUCUGGAAACAAAGUGGAUGAAUACCGUCUGAAAUGUCAAUUCCCUGUUAAAGAGGUUAAGAAUGGGAAUGUUCUUGAUAAAGCCGACAAAUAUGAUUCAGUUACAAAUGCUUUAAAUAAUCUGCAAAUAAACUAUGAGAUUUUACACAAACAAGUUGAGAGAAUGAAGAUGUUUCAGUUUUUGACAUUGUUGCUAUCUAUUGUUGCUGUUGUAUUGGGAUACCUGGUUUAUAUGAAUACUUAUGAAGAUAGGUAUUGUGAACAAAUUUAAAUAUGGUUAGGAACCUGAAUAUGCCACAGAGACAGCGGUUUUAUAAGAUCUAUAAAUUAAAUAUAAUAUGGCAUAUCAUUAUGGAUCAAGUAUGCAUUUUCAGUUGAUAAAUUGGUCUAAAUAUUUUGCCCAGAAACAUCACAAAUUUAAUAUAUGAUGUAGGGUAGUACCUAUUUAUUAUAUUUUACAAUAUUAGGAAUUCUGCAUGGAAAUACAGACAGGAGUCAGUACUAUAACAUUUUCUAGCUGUUGAUAAAUCACAACACUAUUGAUUAUUCCUUGGAGUUAAGUUUUAGCUUUUGUGUAUAUAAUAAUAAUAGUUCUAAUGCAACUUUGAAAUUAUGAUUUACAAACAAGAACAAUAGAAAGGAAUUGAAUAAAAAAAUAUUUGACGUAAAUAGAACUUUAAGCCAAUCACAUAAGGUUAAUAUUCCUGUUUUAAGGUUUAUUUUACGAAAGUUUUUAAAAAACUACAUAUAAUUUUGUAAUAAUUCAAUCAUUUUUAUUAUGCUAUGAUUAAUAUUUUCUAUAAAAGAAUUAGUAAUAUUUAUACUUUUAUUAUAUAUAUGUAAUAUAUAUACUUUUUAAAUUUGUCUACUUAUAAACUGUCACUUGUGGUGUGUGUAACUGGUUAAACACCAGUUUAAAACAUGAAUGACAGUGAAUUGAAAUGAAGUAAAAUCGAAUAGUAAACGUAAUCAAUUGGUAAAUUAUGAAAAUACAUUUUUGCGUGUAUACGAAUUCAAAUAAAAUGUAAAAACUUAAACGAAUACUUGACAAAACAAACCUAAAAUGGAGGUUAAAAGUCAGUGUCGAAACUCGAAGCAAACUAUGACUUUUAUAUCAAAAUCAAACCAAGUUUGACAUCGUUUUUCUGAAUCGUAUCCUAAGUUCCAAAUUCGCCCAUGGAGCGCUGCUAAGUUUAGAAAAAAAAAGAUUCUAUUGUUACUAUUCAAUUACGUCAAAGAUUUGAUAUAUGUUCUUUUGUUUUUUAAAGUUUAUGCUGAGCGUGAGCGCUGUCAAAUCAGAUAUAUUAGGAAUAUUCUUAAGAGCAUCUAACGUGCGUAAUUUUUUAAGGUGUGUCGUGAAGUGUCACAUGUCAAAGGUCAAAGGUCAGAGCUCACACUCUGAAAGGGAUCGUCACCGUAUCACCUCGAGCCGUUCAGUAUUGUUUGUAUGAAACUCCCUACUGCAACUCACACUAAUUGGAAUCGAAACGUCAACUUGCAGUUCCCGCGCUUACGGCUCUCGUUACCUGAACUUACGUCUCUUCGACCAUCCUUGCCCCUGUCCCUUCCCAACCCGGUCAAACAGCGGUCGGCGAGCCGUAAGCGCGGCGUUGCCUAGCUGUAGCCGAGUUGACGUACAGGAGCUGCUGAUACGCUUUGGUUACGUGCACGUUAGGUUGACGGUGAGGCGAACGGCGAUACGGUGACGAUCCCUUUCUGAGUUGAUGUGUGUGCUUUGACCUUAAAUUGGGUUUAAUUUAUAAAUUAACUUUGUUUAUGGCAAUACUUUUUAUAUGAUAAAAUGGCAAAAAAAGUAAUCGCAGGUCAUGUACACCAUUUGGGUGCGUUGCCGGUUGAGAGUAGUAUACACUUUCCUUAAAGAACGUCGUAUGUCCGUAUGUCCCAGGGAAGACAUCAUCGGGAGUCGAAUCCACGGCACGCAAAAGAAAAUUCUUUAAAAAAUUGGUUUAUUAAAAGAAUUUAGUAUUUUUUAGAUAUUCUCCAAGCAUUUUAAAUGUUUUAGGUGAAUGUAUGAGUUGUUCAUACGUGUUAAGUAAUUUAAAUUAAUUGAUUAUUAUCGUUGUCACUUAGGACGAAACAAAUUUUGAUGCAUUCAAGUAUAAUCGUAUAUUGGAAAUUAAUGUAGGCUACAUAAUGUAUUUUAUUUACGCGAAUUUUAAAUAAAAUUUAACGAAUUA